AUGAAGAUUUUUCACAUACUUUUACUUUUUACAUUUUUCUCAUUCAUUGUUUCAUAUGAUUCUAUCAACGAUUUCUGUGUUGCAGAUUUAAAGGUCCCAAACACCAAUUCAGGCUAUCCCUGCAAACCUGUGGAAAACAUCACAUCAGAUGAUUUCGUCUUUCACGGCCUCGUAGCCGGAAACACCAACAACUCUUUUAAACUUGGAUUCACCGCAGCAACCGUCACCAAUUUUCCUGGCCUUAAUGGUCUUGGAAUAUCUGCAGUGCGUGUAGACAUAGACGAAGGUGGAUUAUCUCCAAUGCAUACUCAUCCUGGAAUUUUUUUGCGGAGAUAA